AUGCAGGUCACCCAGCUCCUCCGCUUCUCGGGCGUCUGCCCCUUCCUGGGCCACUCCACGCCCACCACCCUCCGCGCACUCGCGUCCAGCAAGGCCACCACCGGCUCGGCCCUCACCGCCAAGGCCAUCCAGUGCCCCAUGAUGGGUCCCACCCUCGUCGCCAAGUCGGCCUCGCGCGGCUACGCCUCCGUCGCCGGCAACCGUGAGGUUGAGGCCAUCCACAAGCAGAAGGACAUUCCUUUUGACCCCAGCGCGACCCCUGCUGGCAACUGCCCUCACGCCAAGGCCGCUCGCGACGCCGCCCUCAAGGCCCAGCGCGAUGCCGACGCCGUCGCUGCCCCCCAGCAGUCUGCCCAGCGUGUAGUCAACGGCUUCGACUACGAGUCGUUCUACCAUUCCGAGCUCGACAAGAAGCACAAGGACAAGUCGUACCGCUACUUUAACAACAUCAACCGCAUGGCUGCCAAGUUCCCCGUUGCCCACAGAUCCAAGACUACCGACGAGGUCGAUGUAUGGUGCGCCAACGACUACCUCGGCAUGGGCCGUAACCCCGCUGUCAUCGACGCCAUGCACCGUACACUCAACCGCUACGGUGCCGGUGCCGGUGGUACCCGUAACAUUGCCGGCAACGGUGCUCUCCACCUCGCUCUGGAGGACGAGAUUGCCAGUCUCCACCGCAAGGAGGCUGCCCUCGUCUUCUCGUCGUGCUACGUCGCCAACGACGCAUGCCUGGCCACCAUUGGUGCCAAGCUCCCCGGCUGUGUCAUCUUCUCCGACGCGCUCAACCACGCCUCGAUGAUCCAGGGUGUGCGCCACUCGGGUGCCAAAAAGGUCAUUUUCAAGCACAACGACCUCGCCGACCUCGAGGCCAAGCUCCAGGCUGUCCCCAAGGACACUCCCAAGCUCAUCGCCUUCGAGUCAGUCUACUCGAUGUGCGGCUCUGUUGCCCCCAUUGAGGAGAUUUGUGACCUGGCCGAAAAGUACGGCGCCCUCACCUUCCUCGACGAGGUCCACGCCAUCGGCAUGUACGGCCCGACUGGUGCCGGUGUUGCUGAGCACAUUGACUUUGCCGCCCACUACGCUACCCGUGACUCGAGCGCCCCCGUCCCCCGCUCGGUUAUGGACCGCAUUGACAUUAUCACCGCUACCCUCGGCAAGGCCUAUGGUGUCGUUGGUGGCUACAUUGCCGGCUCGGCCAACUUUGUGGACGUUGUCCGCUCGUACGCCCCCGGCUUCAUCUUCACCACCUCGCUGCCCCCCGCGAUCGUGGCCGGUGCCCAGACUGCCAUCGCCUACCAGCGCGAGUUUAUGGGUGACCGUCGUCUCCAGCAGCUCAACACCCGCGAGGUGAAGAAGCAGCUCAAGGACCUCGGUAUCCCCGUCGUCCCCAACCCCUCGCACAUUAUCCCCGUGCUUGUCGGUGACGCCGCCCUCGCCAAGGAGGCCUCGGACCUCCUCCUCUCCAAGCACAGCAUCUACGUCCAGUCGAUCAACUACCCGACUGUCCCCGUGGGCGAGGAGCGUCUCCGCAUCACCCCCACGCCCGGCCACACUGCCGAGCAGAUCAAGCACCUCGUCGAGUCGGUCGACUCGGUGUUCAAGCAGCUCAACCUCAAGCGCGAGGCCGAGUGGGUCGCCGCCGGUGGCCGCGCCGGUGUCGGUGCCCCCGGCGCCGUCGCUCCCGAGCCCCUCUGGAACGACGCCCAGCUCGGCCUCGAGGACGGCUCGGCCCCCGUCCAGCUCGCCAACGGCAACAAGAGCUUCGUCCCCGGCGACGUUGUCAAGGUCGCCGAGGCCCGCCUCACCCACCUCCUCGAUGUCGGACCCCGUCUCAGCCAGGAGGCUACCGUUGCUUCCAACUAG